CCAACCGUUGGACAAUGAUGUCGACGUCGCCUCUUCAUCCUGAUCCUUGCCCCAUAUACCGCGCAGUCCACGAACGCCAGCACCCCAGACUACAAAAUCAAAACGAAACAAGAUGAGCCCAACCGUCAAUAUCGGAUCGUCAGGAGAAUGGCGCCAGGUGCUGAGCUCGUCGAGCGUGGUUAUCGCUGAUUUCUACGCCGAUUGGUGCGGGCCGUGCAAGAUGAUUGCGCCGACCUUCGAGUCCCUCUCGGUCAAGUACUCCAAACCCAAGAAGAUCACAUUCUGCAAGGUCAACGUCGACAACCAGCGCGACGUGGCUCAGCAGUACGGUGUCUCCGCCAUGCCGACCUUCCUCGUACUCCACAACGGGUCCGUCGUCAACACCAUCAAGGGCGCCAGCCCGCCGGCCCUUGCAGCCGCCGUGGAGAAGGCCAUCAAGCUCGCCGGGCCCGCCGCCGGUCCUGUGUUCCGCACCCAGGGCCAGCGGCUGGGCGGCAGCGGCGUGGGACAAUCGGGUGGGAUCCCGCUCCGACGGCAGGUCCGCUGGAGCCUCAACUCGUUGCUCGGUCCGAUCGUGACCUUCUUCGGCCUGUACUUUGUAUCCCUUUUCUCUUUCGACCCCUACAAAGCUGCCGAGAACUCACAAUUCAACAAAAUGAAUCCUCCGCGCUCGCAACGGGCAGGGGGCGGUGCUGGCCAAAAGCCGGCAUCGCGGGCGACGUCGCGUUCCAAGGACCAAUUCGCCAUGCUUUCAGCUAGAAGGCUCCCAACUGGGUGCCCGCAGUGCCGGGCCCAAGUAUUGAGGUUUUACGAGUCUGGAUUCGCCGACCUGCUCCCGGUCGGAAGGCCUCGACGACCUGUACGUUCCGGGAUCGCAAAUUCCGCGCUUCCUUUUGUAAGAGGUGGAGCGCCACGAACCUCUGUCAGGGCCUUCUCUUCUACAAGAUCGACACUCCAAGAUACCGGGAUAGUAAAUCCAGUGCCCGGGCCGGAAGAUAAUAUCGAAACGACUGUCCGUCAAGCAAGGCAAACUUUUGGUAGCACCUUGCCACCAGGAUUUCUGUCCGAGGAGGAAUACAAACUCUACGAGCGCUUAUACGGGCCUCCCCUAAGAGCCACCCAGCCCGAAGAUGUGGGGAUACCGUUCCAGGGCGAAAUGGAUGAUGGCGACCUGUCCAAGAACACACUGCUGAAAGAAACCGAGUUCGGGACCUUGGAGGAGGUGGAAUACACUGUCGAGGGCGCCACGGCCCCCGACGUCGGGAAAGAACUUCUCGAAGCAGGGGCUAUUGACCCAUUACCGCCGUUGACUGAGAGCCAGAUGGAAUAUCUCACUGUCAAGGCGAACAGCCAGCGCGAGUUUGAUGCGCUCGUGACCCUUCACCGUGACUUUGAAGUAGCCAGUCUACGGCCGAUUGAGGAGGAAGAGGAAAUUCAAGAGGAACAGGAGGAACAGGAAGAACCGGAGGAAGAUGAGAAUGAAGACGAGGGAGACGAAGGAGAGCCCGACGCAACAUUCUGGGGCCCCGAGACCCCCAACCCGCGCUUACACGAGUUGACCAUUACCGGCCAAUUCAAGACAAGUCCUAGCACUCUGCACCUACCUACGACCCAAUUUGUGGCCCCGAUUACCAAGCUAUUGGGGAGGUCCAAUAGCACACACGUUCGCGAGGCCGCCGAGAGAGCAUUCGGAGGAGUUGGACUGCCAUACUCGCCUGCGACCCCCGAGUCCAAGAAGAACCUGCCCAUGAAGCCAAUCUCGAUGGAGGCAGGACAUCAUAGAAUGUCUGAUAUCGACUCGGAUGCCUAUAUUGCGACAGUCCUGCCGGGGGUGUAUGCGUCGGUCAUGAGCACCUUGGUUGAGGUACGCAAGAGGCUCGGGACCGACUGGAUGAGGAGGCUCAUCGCAAGGGGCGACGGUCAAGGCCCCCGCGUUCUCGAUGUAGGAGCUGGAGGAGCCGGCCUGGCGGCCUGGGAAGCGAUUCUGCAUGCCGAGUGGGAGGCUCUCAGAGAGAGAGGCGAGGUUACUGUCCGAGAACCACCUGGAAAGAAGACGGUCGUUGUGGGAUCUGAUAACCUACGACACAGGAUUUCACGUUUCUUGAACAACACUACCUUCAUCCCACGGCUUCCGGAUUACAUGCACUCCUUCGAGAACGCCCACCGGUUACUCGAUGCCCCGGCCACGCCGCAGCCUAGAAAGACUUUUGACGUGAUCAUUGCUAGUCACCUUCUGAUGCCCCUCGACAAACCCUAUAGGCGCAAGGAGCUCUUGGACAACCUGUGGGCACUUCUCUCCCCAGAAGGUGGAGUUCUCAUCGUCCUAGAAAAGGGACACCCCCGUGGCUUUGAAGCCGUGGCCGAUGUGCGCCAGCGGCUUCUCGAUGAGUUCAUCAUUCCUCCUACCCCUGAACCUGCCCCUGAGAUUCAGUCCGAAGGCGACCGAGUGCGGGAACCGGGGAUGAUAAUUGCGCCGUGUACGAACCACACCAAAUGUCCCAUGUACCUCACGCCUGGCCUAAGUCCUGGCCGUAAGGAUUUCUGUCACUUCAGUCAGCGCUUCAUUCGGCCGCCGUUCCUCCAACGCGUUGUCGGGGGAUCGCACCGCAACCAUGAAGACAUCAAAUUCAGCUUCAUAGCAGCGCAGCGUGGCGCGCACCCUUCCCCUCUCAUAUCCUCCUCCCUCUCAGACUCUACGACGGCAUCCGACACCGGCCCCACCAUUACCACUCCAUUUGAGCAAGGGCCCGAGGCUGCAGACCGCGCAUUCGCCGGCUACGGCGGGGCGGCCGACUCGUCGACAACGGUCGCCACGGGCCCGCACCCGCACCCGCUCUCGCUCCCACGCAACAUCCUCCCGCCGCUCAAGCGGCGCGGCCACGUGACGCUCGACGUGUGCACGCCGGCGGGCGCGCUCGAGCGCUGGACGGUGCCGCGCUCCUUCGGCAAGCAGGCUUACCACGACGCCCGCAAGGCCCGCUGGGGCGACCUGUGGGCCCUGGGCGCCAAGACCCGCGUCCGCAGGGAGGUGCGCCUCGGCCGCAACGGCGCCGCCGAGGGCACGGCCGCCGCCGCCACCGCCGUCGCCAACGACGGCGGCGGCAAGACGCCCGUCGUGGAGCUGAGCGUCGACCCGCGCAGGGGGGUCUUGGGCGCGCAGGAGAGGGUCCCGGGUGGCAGGGCCCCGGUGGAGAGGAGGACCAAGGGGGGUCGCAGGGUCAAGAUUGCGGAUUUGCUGGAGGGGAUGGAGGGUGUGGAGGAUGACAUGGCGAAGGAUUGGCGGGAGUUAGAGAAGAAGCUGUGAGGUCCGGCGUCUCCUAGCAUUAGGCAAUGGAAAGCCGAGAAUGUGUAUAAUCCUAUGUGUGUAUUUAUGUAUAGAUAAAGGAGGACCAGGGCGUGUCAUGUAUAUUAAAAAUGGCAUUGGUCUACCGGCGGGGGAUCACAUAUUCGCUGUACAAUCCAUGGCAUCCCCAAGCACACACUUGAUGAGAAAGGUGAUCUCGAGCUGCCAUAAGCUCCUUGCAGCAAAUUCCAAGGAAAUUGCCUU